UACUCCACGCCGUGUUAAGGUCACCGUCACUCGGUAGCUAACCAGUCGAAAGAAGCGGAGGAGACCCAGCUGAGGAAGGAGCAGAACCGGCAAAAUACAAGAAACAUGUCUCUCUCUACCAAACUCACCCUGGAUAAGGUGGACGUCAAGGGGAAGCGUGUCAUUAUGAGGGUCGACUUCAAUGUUCCCAUGAAGGACAAGAAGAUCACAAACAACCAGAGGAUCAAGGCAGCCGUUCCCACCAUCCAACACUGCCUGGACAAUGGUGCCAAAUCCGUGGUUCUGAUGAGCCAUCUGGGCCGCCCCGACGGGAACCCUAUGCCGGAGAAAUAUUCCCUGGAGCCUAUCGGUGCCGAGCUCAAAACCCUGCUGGGGAGGUUAGUUUAUAGACUUUAUAAUUGCGGAUGUGCUCGCUUGGAUUUACCGUUUGAGUGUGAUGCAGAUGCAACGGCACUCGGCCUCCCCUCUCCUCUCGUCCGCUUCAUGCCCCCUUCUCCUACAUCACUGCAAGAACUCAUUUCGCACACUCUCACUACACGCACACGUCCCCUCCCCCUACGUGUUGCGUGGGUCUUUGCUUCAAUCGAGGCCAGGAAAAAGGGCACCCCUUUUUGA